UCGUUGGUCUUCUUCUUCUUCUUCUUCUUCUUCUCCCGCGUCCGCGUCGCUGGAUCGGGCUUCUCCUCUCCUAGUCUCCGAUGGCCUCCGAGAUCGAGGUCGUCGAUGAGGGCCCCGUCGCCUCCGCCCCAUCAGAAGAGGAGUUGAAGAAUGAUGUCUACACGGCCGCGGCUUACGGUGACCUUGAGAAGCUCCAGCGCCUUGUGGAAACCGAGGGCUGCUCCGUCUCCGAGCCUGAUGGCUCCGGAUACUACGCCCUCCAGUGGGCUGCUCUUAAUAACCGCACUGCCGCCGCGCAGUACAUCAUCGAGCAUGGAGGAGAUGUGAAUGCCACAGAUCACACCGCGCAGACGGCACUCCACUGGAGUGCUGUGCGUGGUCAUAUCCAGGUUGCUGAGCUUUUGCUAAAAGAGGGUGCUCGUGUGGAUGCUGCGGACAUGUAUGGUUAUCAGACCACACAUGUUGCAGCUCAGUAUGGCCAGACAACUUUCCUUUAUCAUAUUGUGACAAAAUGGAAUGCCGAUCCUGAUGUCCCUGAUAAUGAUGGAAGGAGCCCUCUCCACUGGGCUGCCUACAAAGGAUUUGCUGAUAGCAUACGUCUUCUGUUAUUUCUGGAUGCCUAUAGGGGCCGACAAGAUAAAGAGGGUUGUACUCCUCUUCAUUGGGCUGCUAUCAGGGGGAAUCUUGAGGCAUGCACAGUGUUAGUUCAGGCGGGUAAAAGGGAGGACCUAAUGGUUACAGACAACACUGGGUUUACUCCAGCACAGCUAGCUUCAGAUAAAAAUCAUCGGCAAGUUGCUUUUUUCCUCGGAAAUGCCAGAAGACUAUUUGACAAACGGUGCGAUGGGAAUAGCCCACUUGGGAAAAUUUCAAAAUUAGGACUUGCUCCUGCUCUCUGGAUUGUAAUUAUCAUUCUGCUUGUCACUUAUAUACAUUCUGUGGUCUUAGCAUCAAGUUUCCCAAACCUAACAGCUGGCUCUGGUUUUUUCGCUUGGUUAGGAGUUCUAUCGGCAACUACUGGGUUGGUGAUGUUUUAUAGAUGUAGUAGGAAAGAUCCGGGUUUUAUCAACAUGAAAGUACGUGAUUCACAAAAUGUCAGAGAUGAUGAGCCUCUACUUAAGAUGGAAUUGAGUGAUCCUGUUUUGCUUGCUGGGAAUUGGUCUCAGCUAUGUGCGACUUGCAAGAUUGUAAGGCCUCAACGUUCAAAGCAUUGUUCAACUUGUGACCGCUGUGUUGAGCAGUUUGAUCAUCACUGCCCAUGGGUGUCAAAUUGUAUUGGCAAGAGAAACAAAUGGGACUUCUUUUUGUUUCUCCUCUUAGAAUUCUCAGCAAUGGUGAUUACUGGUGCUGUGACUAUUUCAAGAAUCACAUCUGAUCCAACUGCUCCAAGUUCGUUCCGUGCACGGAUAAAUCAUGUCCUUACUCAUCACCCUGGCGCCAUAUCAUUUCUGAUAAUGGAUUUCAUGCUUUUCUUCGGAGUUGCAGUGUUGACUGCUGUCCAAGCAUCACAGAUUGCUCGGAACAUAACUACAAAUGAGAUGGCAAAUGCUAUGCGCUACACAUAUCUCAGAGGCCCCGGUGGUCGGUUUAGAAACCCAUACGAUCACGGUGUACGCAAGAACUGCACAGACUUCUUCAUUAAGGGCUAUAGCGAAGACAUUGAGCGACCAGAAGAACCAUCGUCUGCUGAAGAAAUAGGAAUGCUGCCGAUAACCAGAAAUACGAAUCUGCACAAUGGUGAGUGCCACAAUCAUCACUCCAAUGGGAGUACCCAUGUUUGCAGUGCCGCGGAGCCGAAGAAUUCCAAAUCUCAUAUAAAUUCUUCGCACAACAACCAUAACAAUGAUAAGACUGAAAAGGUACCUCUUGGCCUAGGAUUCGGCUUGGGAAGAAACAAUGUUCGGCACAAUGCGCGCUCAAUUCUGGCCUCAUGAUUAUAUUUUUGAUUUAUCCAUUUAGCGGAUUAUAAUCUUCGUCUUUCAAGCCGGUGAAAUGUGUUUAUACAGCUUUUUUUUGGUCUAUUGUACUGUGGCUUCAUGUUAUUCUAAGAUUCAGAUGUCUUCUGUUUGUUGUAUGUCUUGUAAGAAAUGUUCAGUUGCAAUUCAUCAGUGUUUGAGAGUACUGUUUCUUUUUUCAGAAA